AUGAUACAAGAAAAUACAAAAAAUUAUAUUACCAAUUUACAGUUAAUGAAGCUAAUUGGAUUAUAUCAAUUACUAAAUCCAAAUGCUACAACAUUAUUUGGAUACAGUAUUUAUAAACUAGGCGGGUUAUGGAUUUUCUCUCCAAUCAUUACAAAGGACAAUUAUUUAUAUAUUAAAUCCAAAAAUAGUACAUACAUUCAAUACCGAUACAAUAUACUAAAUUUAAUAUUUCCGGUAUCAACUCAAUUUUAUAAUGAUAACUUCAACGUGUUUUAUUUAAUCGAAGUAAUAACUUUAUCGGUUUAUGGAUAUUCGAUGAUUAUUUUCGAUUUUUUGUUUAUUUCUUAUUGCAUAACCAUCGCCUUUCAAUUAAAAACGAUCGCAUCAUCAUACAGCUCAUUAGGAUAUAACCUUACCAACAACAAUAAAAUUAAAAUUGUCUCUUGCAUCUCUAACGGUGAUUACCAAUCAUCGACAACGAAUUCAAAAAAAGGUGUACCACUAACUUCACCAGAAAGUAUUAAAUUUAUCUCAACUGCAGUAUUUAACACCGGUCACUUAUUCUUAGCAUGCUAUUUAUUCAGUUUAAUAAAUAAAUAUAAUGAUACAAUAAAUUUUGCUUUAUACAAUUGUAAUUGGAUAGAAAUGAACAUUAAUUUCAAGAAAUUAUUAUUGUUUACAAUGAAAAUGAAUAACGCAAACAACUUUAAACUUAAUAUAUCACCAAAAAUUAUGGUCAAUUUAAAAUUAUUCACAAAUGUUAUUCAUACAAGCUACAAAAUAAUACCAGUUUUAAAAUCAAUAGUAACUUAG